AUGGUCAAUCGGCUCUCACAAUUUAUGCAUGCGCCUUCGGAGCUACACUGGCAGGCUGUUAAAUGGCUGUUGCGUUAUCUCAAGGGAAUAGUUUGCCAUGGUCUGUUCCUUCGGGAAGGUCAGCUGCUCUCGUUGCGUGUGUAUACUGAUUCGGAUUGGGGAGGUAGUGCCACUGCUGGCCGUUCCACUAUUGCGUUCCUUGCGUUCCUCGGUGCUAAUCUUAUUUCGUGGAAAUCUUCGCGACAGAAGUCCAUCUCUCGAUCAUCCACAGAAGCUGAGUACCAGGCUUUGGCUAAUGCAGCUGCAGAGGUUCUCUAG